UGCCGUGACAGCGUUGUCGUAUAUGACAUUUUCGUUCGGUUCGGUUCGGUUUCCGACCUAUUUCGUACACACACGUCCACAACAGGUUGAGUUUUCGCGGCAGCGAGUGUUUUUUGUCUUCCGUUACGGUAUUUUGAAAAACGGCUUCUGGACCCGGGCUCGAACGGUAUUUUGUUUUGCGGUAUCGCUGGAGUUUCGAGAAUGUUCCCAGGGAUCGCGAGUUUUUUGCUCGGAAAGUGCGCGUGUGGGGUCAGAAAAUUCUUCAAAUGCACCAGCAAUUAAGUGCUUUUCCGUCGAGAUGUUUCCAGCUCGACUUGACAACAAAGCGGUUCAAUUUACCGAACGUAUUUGUAGGUAUUUGACCGUGCGAUUUGCAAAUUAAUUGGCCACCUGCAACCCAGUCUGUGAAAAAUAUUUGUCGUGCCUAUUUACGUGAUCUUAGUGCUGUGAUAUUUGAGUAAAUUAAUUGUGAUACCUUCAAUUCCCAUAAUGAAAAUCAAAAUGACUUGUAAAUUGUGCGAAAUGUCGAUGGAUCAGAAGUUCGGAGCGAUCGGUUGUACGCACUCCCCUAUUUUUAUGAAUGGUCCGGCGCCCCCUGCGGUGCAUCCCAUGGGGUUCGGAUUACAAAACAACCCCUUCAUUCAACUUCCGCAGAUUAGAGACAUGAUGUUAGCAGCCUACCUGCUGAGAGCCGGAUAUUAUCAACCGGCGGGGCCGUUGAUAACCGUCCCACACGGCCACGGCCAGCCGCCCCCGCCUCCGACAAAAACUACCGCCGCCCCCCUGUCGGAAGCGUCCCCGGCGACGUCGACGACGCCGUCGCUUACGUCUCACGAGCCGCCCCCACCACCGCCCAGCUCCAACGGGGACUCCUCGGACAGCGAAGUAAUAAUUACGUCCGUCACGACCGCCAAGGACAGCAUACCUCCGUCGAACCACCCGCCUUCCGCGUAUCGUUACCCGCAAUACCCCGCCGCCCCGCCAGGUUACCCUUAUUCCUCCUACCCCCCUCCUUAUCACUACCCUAACCCUCCACCUCCGAACCCUUCGUACGCUCAUCAUGAUCUGUGUUACUCGCCUAAUCCGUACGUUCACAAGUACUCUCCGUACAGAAGUAGGUACGUCGCCAGCACGCAGUACUACCCUCCUCCAAACCCCCAAGAGAUUUACGGCAUACCACCUAGCGGACCUUCUCAGCCGAGUCAACAGGUGGUCACCGCAACACCGGUCUCGGCUAGCGCUACAGGUUAUCCUCCGGCCCCCGGAGGCCCGCCGCCCCCGACGAUCAUGGAACCGUACCCCGCCCCGCAGCCUUCGCUCGUAGAAACGUAUCAGCCGCCCCCGCCACACUACUACCCCGCCGCCUACGGCCCGGCGCCAUCCUGUUACACACAUUCGCCCUCCAGGGCCAUACCUUACAUAAAUGCCACAUAUCAGAAUUGCCCUUGUCCAAUGCAGUCGUGUCCAAAAAACGUACUUACUGGGCCUCUUACUGGUGAUGGUAAGAGGUCUAACAUCUCUUCCAUCUCGAAAGAUUUGAUGCCAUUACCACCAGUCGCCUUGGCUCUACCCUUCGAACCAACCAGCGCCACCGGUCCUCCAAGCCCGGCCAGAGGUUCUGCGGGAAUGCCUCCACCUCCCUCGGCUUCGCCUGCAGGUGCCACCUAUCAACCUCCCCCGCCACCCACAAAACAAGAAUCUCGCUCCCCGAUAGUGCUGGAAGACUGCAAAAUCGAGAAGAAAAGGAAAGCUAGAGUCGGAAAAGCCAUGGUAAGAAACAACAUAGCAGCCAACAUGCAAAACACCAUGUUAUUGAUGUGCAACCCCACCCAGAACUACGUGGGUGCAGUUAAGAGAGAGAUAGAAAGUCCGCAGGAGAAAGAACUCGUAGAGCAAAAGAAAGAGAUCUGUACGUCUGAUGAAGACACGAAACCAGUCCCAGAAGUUUUGUCAUUACCCUGCCCCAAAAUCGAGGAACCCGAGAAAGAGGAACCACAGUUGAUCCCGCCAAUAGAACUAAAGGAAGAACAAGAUCGCGAUGAUUUGGAAAGAGACGGGAAGAAUGAUGCAGCAUUGCAGAAAGAUGAGGAGGAAGUCCUGCAACCGGUGAUCAGCACGGUGGCAGAAAACGUGAAAGUUAAAAAUAUGAAAAGAACACUCUCAAUGUCUAAAGAAAAAGUACCUGAUUCAGAAGUCGCGCCUCCUUCCACCAAGAAACAGAAACUUGGUUCCUACAAGUGUUUGAUAAAAAAGGAAUCCAACGCUGUUAGGAUUCAUAAUGGUAAGCGAAGACUAAUCGAAGAAACACCAACGGGACAGGUGCAAACAAGAACGAAAAUCAAGGACAGCAACCUGGUUAAGAGGAAGCGAAGUGAAAUUAAGGAAGUGGUAGCAAAGCGCCCCAGACUGUCCAAACCGCUCAUGAUGAACAACUUUGCAUCUAAAUCAAAAGAAAAAAUCCUCGCCGAUGAAACUAAAGAACAUCCCAAAAUCAAAGCCAGCAAAAAACCCAAAGUCAAUUCUAAAGGUGCCGUCACCAAAUCAGCUCCAGCAGUACUGGACAAUCUGUUCGCGAAAAAUAACGUCGAAAGGAUAAUCGAAAGUGUCGUUAGUGAAGGCUCGAUUAGGACAACAGAAGAUAUUGGUGUCGUGAAACCUGUGGAGAGAUGUGGCAAAUCAGCGAAAGAGGCUGUUGUGAAUAAGAAGGGUUUGAAUAACAAAAUCGCGGCAAGUAAAGUGAGAGGUGAAAUUAACAAAAAAGUUGGAGCAAACAGAAGAAAAUCUAAGUGCAAAGAAGAGGUCAUUCCACAGGUCAUCUCUAAGUUACCCAGGAGGUCAUUACAAUCACCGAGAUGGUCCAAUGGAUGGAUUUGGGAGGGUGAACCUUACGACGCGAAAGUAUUCAUAAACAGCGACGAGACAACACUAAUCAGAAAAUGUUAUCCAGCUAUGAGACACAAGGCAGGAGAUAAAAUCGUUCCCAGGGAUUGUGUUCUUUUGAAAGCUGGGCCAAGAAAGAACGACCUACCAUUCGUGGCAAAGAUCGCCUCACUCUGGGAAAAUCCAGAAGACGGUGAAAUGAUGAUGUCGCUGCUGUGGUAUUAUCGGCCGGAACACACAGAGCAAGGGAGGUUACCAACAGACCAGCCUGACGAGGUUUUCGCUUCCAGACAUAAGGAUUCAAACAGUGUGGCUUGCAUUGAUGACAAGUGCUAUGUGCUGACAUUCAAUGAAUAUUGCAGGUACCGCAAAAGAUAUAGAAGGGUUGAAGCAGGCAUAGAAGAACCGUUACCGUGCAUUCCCAAUCCAGAACCGUAUCCCAGGAGUCACAGGCAACCUCCACCUAGCCAAAUAUCACCAGACAUGGUAUUCUUCUGUCGAAGGGUGUACGACUUCAGGCAGAAAAGAAUCAUGAAAAAUCCCACAUAAGUCCCUUUUUUUUUAUUUAUUUUGUUAUUUGUUGAAUAUAUCAUUUUAUUUUACUGUUUUAAUCAAGUCAUUUUUUUAGUACCGACAGGUACAAGAAUUUUAUUGAUGUUUCUAAAUAAUCAAAAACAAAAAAUCAUAAGACUUCGGGGUUCCGACAAUGACAGCAUUUUAUAUCACAAAAGUUAGGUUAACAUUUUCCAAAAAAAUUAAUAAAGAACCCAAAAAUAAAUUUUAGUCGUCUAAAUUUGAUACAUAUACAUAUUGUUGCGAAAAAGUAAAGGGAACAUUUGUAUUAUAUAAAAGUUAGUUAUCAAUAAUGUUGUAUAGAAUAUAGAGAUUAUAUAUUUAACACAAAAAAAGAAUAUUUAUAAUUAGUCAAUAGUCUACGCUGGUAUAAAUGGUGUGUGCUUUUAUAGUUGUAGUUGUGUUUUGUCAAUGUCGUCUCUAUCAGAUCUUUUAUAUUUAUUGAUGUAGAGAUACUUUGUACAUAUUUCUCGUAUUAUUCUUCAGUCACAUCAUCAGGCAAGAAGCUGUGAAUCAUCAACAUAAAUCUGAACCCGGGGCAUAUAAAUUACAUGAGGGUGUCUCAAAUAGAAACAGUUCCAUAUUUCCUUUACAAAUUAACGACGGAAUCAAAGCAGGAAAAUGUUUCUGAAUUGUGAAUAACCUAAAAAAUACCGUUGAGAACUUUCGAGCAUUCCUCCUGUUCUUCCCCACACAGUUUGGCGUGAAUUUAUAUUUUUUCAGAGUGAAAUAUGAUUCUUCGUUCACCAGUGAUUUCCGAAGUGCGCGCUGCGGCUGCCCGGGCCGCCGAAAUGCGUCAUAAGGGUGUCAAGAUGCGUCAUAAGGGUGUCAAGACGCGUCAUAAGGGUGUCAAGACGCGUCAUAAGGGUGUCAAGAUGCGUCAUAAGGGGCGCCUGAAAAUAGAUGUAAUCGAGUAAUCAUGGAUACAAUUUGAAAUGUGAAUAAUUUUUUUACUAUCGCAGUCUUUCCUCAACUCGAACAAGUCUUCUGAAGCAACUAUCCUGGUAAUUGGAUUUUAUAUCUGUGCUGUUGUUUCAGUAUAUUCAAAACCCGUCAAGAAAGAAUAAUUUCUACUUGAAUUAAAAUGAAUAUCUGUUUGUUUCAGAACUUUUUUUCUCUAUAAACUAUCUAUAUACUCAUUCUAUUCUAAUUCUUUGUUGAUGUGCAAUUUGUUCCUUUGGAAGUUGCUUGCCUUUUGUCCUACCUUGGCUUGAAUUUGUAGAUUGUCAUGAUGAUGAAUUACAUGACUUCUUAACUCUAUAACACUCGUCAUUUAUACCAUUAGAUGUGACGUUUGAUAAUCCGAGAAGUACGCAUUUUGAUAGUAAAAUGUGUAAUGAAAAAUAUAAUCUGUUGAAAGGUCCUUCGCAUCCUGAUGCUACCACAAGUUAAAAUGCUUGCCACAAAUAACUAUCAACUUUCAAAAUAAUUUUGAUCAUGAAAUUAAAAUAAUCAAACAAUUUGAAAGCAAGUAAUAAAAACUAAUUAUUUUUGCUUGUUAGCUUUUUUCAUGCUUAGUAAAUAUCUUCAUUGCAAGCACCACUUCCAAACACCAGUAAAGUCUAUGGACUGCAACACAAUGACAAUGUCAACUUUGACAGUUCUUGUACGAUUUCCAUACUUUCAGUUAUCAAUUAUGACUGUUGUCUUGAUCAACCACAAUACAAAAAAUGCGACAGAAAAAGUUUUAACAUUCGGGAAUGAAAUGAAAAUGUCUGUAUGGUUUUCGUGAAACUAAUUUUUCUUAUCAAAGAGAUUGUAUAAAUUAGUUGGUGGUAAACGUGAGAUCAACCAACGGAUUCGUUGUCUUUAGUUUACUGCCCCGUAAGUCAACUAAUAUAUUGGCCAGAUAAAUGAUUACAUGAGCCUCACUGAAAUUUAUCACCUUUGCAGAUAGAGGUCGCUUUUUCAAGAAUGAAAAUUUUCCUAUUUUGCUGUCACUAUAUUUUUUAUAUUGUGUUUGGUUAAGAAUAAUCCAGUCAUAAUUAGUAUAUAACUUUAUGUAGGCUGUUCAACAAUUUUUGGCGAAUUACUCACCCCUUGAGUUUCACUUUUCCAAGACUAUGAAAAUAAUUCAUUUUCAGAAGGUAUCAAAUGACCCUGAAAAUUCAGCAUGGGCCUGCAGUCUAAUAGGAUGCUGAUGAGGAAUGUUCCUCAAUUUGGGUUAUUACAGCAAAUGCAAGU